AUGCCAGGAAACCGUGAAGUUGGAAUAUGGGAGCGAAUCGCUCGAUGGAUUGGCGGUUCGACUGGCGAACUUUAUGUUCAACACCCGAGAGUAGUGGAAAUUGCGGGCGAAUUGAUUGACUUAGAUGCCCCCGCAAUUUCCAACUCUCAACCCGGAGAUGAACGGCGUGCUGGCACGGAUUACGUGAGUUUUUUGGCGGAAAUUUGAAUUUUUUUGAGCCGAAAAUCGAAAUUUUGAGCAUUUUUGAGCCCGGAGCUGAUUUUUUGAUGAAAAAUGAUGAAUUUUGAAUUUUUUGACCCGAAAAUCGAAAUUUUGAGCAUUUUUGAGAAUUUUGAAUUUCGCGCUCUGAAAAAUUCCUUUAAAAAUUUGAAAUGCAAAAAAUUCUCUACAGUACUUUUGGUCCCAAAAAAUUUAAAAAUUUCAUUUCCAAAACUUUGAAGAAAAAUUGCUUAUGAAAUCCACGUGGCAAAAUUUGAAUUCAAAAAACUUUUUACCAAAAAAGUUUGAAUUUUUUGAAUUUUCAAAAAAAAAAUGCUGAUUUUUUGAUAAAAAUGAUGAAUUUUGAGCCCUAAAAUUCUGAAAAUUCAAAUUUUUUGGGAAUUUUUCAAAGCGCGAAAUUUAACAAUUCUAAAUUUCCUAACAUGAGCAAUGUCUAUUUUUUGUUGAAAAUUCGAAAAUUCAAAUUUCCCGCCGAAUUUUCGGAGGCGCGAAAUUCAAAAAUUCAAUCUCCCGCCGAAUUUUCGAAGGCGCGAAAAUCAAAAAUUCAAAUUUUUCUAACAUGAGCAAUGUCAAUUUUUUGUUGAAAAUUGAAAAAUUCAAAUUUUUUGGGAAUUUUUCAAGGCGCUAAAUUCAAAAAAUUCAAUUUUUCUGGUUAAAAAAAUUUUUGAAUUCAAAUUUUGUCACGUGGAUUUCAAGAGCAAUUUUUCUUCAAAUUUUUGAAAAUGAAAAUUCAAGUACUGUAGAAAUUUUUGUGCGGGAAAUUCAAAAAUUCGAAAAACUGGUUGAAAUUUCGCCAAAAUUGAUGAAAAAUUUGAAAAUCUUCAAAAAAUAAUCAAUUUUUGUUUUCAGCUUUCGGCCGACGCUCGUUCGUUCUCUCACAGGACCACCGGCUCAACAAUAUAUUUUGACGCCGAAUCCACAAUUCAACACCCAGAAGCUGCCGAUCAAAACAUCGAAACAUCUUUCAAUGUCGAUGAUUUUAUAGUAUUAAAUGCAGUUUUGGCUGGAGUUCAAGCUCGGGAAUUCUGGAACGGAUAUGGAAUUGUUGGAGGUGGAGCUGAAGCGGAAGCUGAAGCUGGAAUUGAUGGGAUGGAAGUGGAAGAAACUGAAAAUGAUGAUGAUAUAGAAAUGGAAGUUGAGGAUAGAAGAAUCGGUGGAUCUGAGAUUGGAGAUGGUUCUACAAGUUCUCAUCAAAGUGAUACCGAUGAUCUUGAAACGGCCAUGGAAGUUCAAUCGGAUUUUGAGGAAGAGGAGGAAAUGGAAGUGGAUGAGGUUGGUUUUUUGCUGGAUUUUAUUUUUUGAAAUUCAUAAAAUUUCAAAAAUUCAGUUUUUGAAAAUGAAAUCAUCAUAACAUUCAGCAGAAAUUCAGAUUUUUCUUUUGAAAAUCUGAAAAUUCAGUAAAAAUUCAGAUUUUUUUUUUGAAAAUAAGAAAUAAAAUUUUUGAAACUUUCCGAUUUUCAAAAAAAAUCUGAAUUUUUGAAAUUUUCUGAUUUUCAAAAAAAUUUCAAAUUUUCUGAUUUUCAAAAAAAAAGAUCUGAAUUUUUGAAAUUUUCUGAUUUUCAAGAAAAAAUCUGAAUUUUUGAAAUUUUCUGAUUUUCAAAAAAAAAAGAUUUGAAUUUUUGAAAUUUUCCGAUUUUCAAAAAAAAAAAGAUUUGAAUUUUUGAAAUUUUCUGAUUUUCAAAAAAAAAGAUCUGAAUUUUUGCUGAAUUUUCUGAUUUUCAAAAAAAAGAUCUGAAUUUUUGCUGAAUUUUCUGAUUUUCAAAAAAAAGAUCUGAAUUUUUGAAAUUUUCCGAUUUUCAAAAAAAAAGAUUUGAAUUUUUGAAAUUUUCUGAUUUUCAAAAAAAAGAUCUGAAUUUUUGCUGAAUUUUCUGAUUUUUCAAAAAAAAAGAUCUGAAUUUUUGAAAUUUUCCGAUUUUCAAAAAAAAAAGAUUUAAAUUUUUGCUGAAUUUUCUGAUUUUCAAAAAAAAAUUUCAAAAAUUCAGAUAUUUUUUUGAAAAUCAUGAAAUUUCAAUUUGAAUUUUCAAAUUUUCUGAUUUUUAAAAAAAAUCUGAAUUUUGGAAAUUUUCUGACUUUCAAAAAAUCGGAAUUUUUGCUGAAUUUUUUUUUGAAAAUUAGAGAAAAAUUAGCAGAAGUUCAGAAAUUUUCUAAUUUUCAAAAAAAUAAUCUGAAUUUUUACAGCCAAUCGGGGAAGUGGCUAGAAUUGUGGCUGGAGCUGGAGUUGGGGAAGAGGAGAGAAGAAUCGAAGUUUUGCAUCGAUUUUUCGAUGCUUUGCUUGCGAACAAUGGAGGAGAUGUUGGAAUGGUUGCUCAGGUUAGUUUUUUUGGAAUUUACUGGGCUCUUCUUGGUUUUUUUUGGUAA